GGAAAUUAAAUACAGAAGAAGUUGUGCCAAAGAAAGAAAAAAAAAAAACGCUCGCCUACUCUCCCACUUCUCGCUCAUCCGCUAGCUGCCAGUAUCUCUCUCUCUCAAGCACAGUUCUCUACCUCCAAAAGAUUCGAUCCCUCCUCCUCAACUCUUCCCUCAGAUUCCGCAACUCAGCGCAAGCUCGAGCUUCUUCCAUGGAGGUCGGAAUCAUUUGAUUAGGGUUUCGGAAGCUGAAUCACAGGGUUGAUUAAAAAUGGGGUGCGUGUUUGGGCGUGAGGUUUCGUCUAAGGCGGCGGCGGCGACAUCUGAAAUUAAACCAGCACAGACCUCCAAAACGGGAGAACCCGUGGAAGCGAGUAAGGCCAACGGUGCUGCUGCUGCUGAUGUGGAAGUAGAGAAGAAGAAGAAGCACGAGGAGGCUCCCAAGGAAGAUAGGAAAUCAAAAGGAGAUCGGAGAAGGUCAAAGCCUAACCCGCGCCUGAGCAAUCCUUCGAAGCAUUGGCGAGGCGAACAGGUCGCUGCUGGUUGGCCUUCUUGGCUCUCUGACGCUUGUGGCGAAGCCCUUAACGGCUGGGUUCCACGAAAGGCCGACACUUUCGAGAAAAUCGAUAAGAUUGGGCAAGGAACGUACAGUAAUGUAUACAAAGCUAAGGAUAUGCUGACUGGUAAAAUCGUGGCGCUUAAGAAGGUUCGGUUCGACAACUUGGAGCCUGAGAGCGUCAAGUUUAUGGCUAGAGAGAUUCUAGUUCUGCGGAGACUCGAUCAUCCGAAUGUUGUCAAGUUGGAAGGUUUGGUUACCUCCAGGAUGUCUUGUAGCUUGUACCUUGUGUUUCAGUACAUGGAUCAUGACUUGGCUGGUCUCGCUUCUAGCCCUCUUGUUAACUUCUCUGAAUCUGAGGUGAAAUGUUUAAUGCGUCAGUUGUUAUCUGGUAUGGAGCAUUGUCAUAGUCGCGGUGUGCUUCAUCGUGACAUCAAAGGAUCGAAUCUUCUUAUUGACGACGGUGGGGUCCUCAAGAUUGCUGAUUUUGGACUGGCGACUAUUUUUGAUCCUAAUCACAAGCGGCCUAUGACUAGCCGAGUGGUCACGCUGUGGUACCGAGCUCCGGAGCUUCUUCUUGGGGCCACUGAUUAUGGUGUUGGUAUUGAUCUUUGGAGCGCCGGCUGUAUUUUAGCUGAGCUUUUGGCCGGAAGACCUAUUAUGCCUGGUCGAACAGAGGUGGAACAACUCCAUAAGAUUUACAAGCUAUGUGGUUCACCGUCAGAGGAUUACUGGAAAAAAGGAAAAUUUACACACGGAGCGAUAUACAAACCACGUGAACCAUACAAAAGAUGCAUUAGAGAGACGUUUAAAGAUUUUCCAGCGUCAUCUCUUCCUCUCAUUGACUCCCUUCUUUCAAUUGAACCAGAGAACCGCCGAACUGCAACUGCUGCUUUAGAAAGUGAAUUCUUUACAAGCGACCCGUAUGCAUGUGAACCUACUGAUCUCCCAAAGUAUCCACCGAGUAAAGAAAUGGAUGCAAAGCGACGAGAUGAAGAAACUCGGAGACAAAGAGCUGCUAGUAAAGCCCAAGGAGAUGGUGCAAGGAAGAAUAGGCACAGAGAGCGUUCAAAUAGAGCACUUCCAGCUCCAGAAGCUAAUGCAGAACUUCAGUCAAAUGUCGAUAGGAGGAGAUUAAUCACACACGCAAACGCAAAAAGCAAGAGCGAGAAGUUUCCGCCACCACACCAGGACGGUGGAGCAAUGGGGGUACCAUUGGGAGCCUCGCAGCACAUAGACCCGACGUUCGUCCCACCAGACAUGGCGUCAUCCUUCACUUCCACUUCUUUCAAUUUUUCGAAAGAUGAACCGCCAACACAAGUUCAGACCUGGUCAGGUCCUCUGGGUCAUCCCAUCACAGGCAUUUCAAGAAGGAAGAAAGAUAGUACCAAAAGCAGCAAAGGGAAGAGAGCAGUGGUGGCUUGAGCCAGAAAAAUAUAAUUGCAAAUGCUCUCUUUCAUCCAUUUAUAACAAUGUAAGUGGUAACUUUAUUAUUCUUUGUUGCUUCUUGAAAAGAAAGUGUUUUAUUCUUUUCAAAUUUGCGUAGACUUGUCAUGUGUUUAUAAUUAUUAUGACGUUAUAUUAUGUAAUAUACACUACCUUUUUGUUGCUAUUAUAUUAAAUAUAUCUGUUCGAAUUA